CAUUCUCGCUUUGGAAAACUCUUCUUUCUUCAUUCUCUGUCCUCACACUUCAGCUCAACUAUCAUUUGUUCAUAUAUGUGUGGGUGUGUGUGUAUGUAUAUGCAUAUAUAUACAGAGAGAGGAAGGGAGCUGCUUCAGUCAUCUGGCUUCAACUUCCAGUCUAUGCGGUCUGAGAACUUCCAUAGCUCAGGCGGGUUAUUUUCCUGCACUUUCUUCGGGUUUCUUUCUGCCUUGCACUAAAAAAAGAAUUAUCUUAUUCUCUCCGUUCGUGUUAGCAGCAAUAAGGGAAUCAUUUCUUGUGUUAAAACAGCUUUCUAUAACUGAUUUGAUUAGCCAUGAACCAUAGUGUUCCUGCUUGUAAUUCUCAGAGCAAUAGCAGUUUCAUCAAUCAAAAGAAUCCCAUGGGACCAGAUCAAGAACUUGUAGAGCUCCUUUGGCAAAAUGGACAGGUAGUUUUGAACAGUCAAACACAUAGGAAACCAGUUUUGAAUUCAGUACACUCCAGGCAAGUUCAGAAUAAUGAUCAAUCAACAUUGAGGACUGGUGGAUCAUACGGGAACUUGAGUAAUUUGUUUCAAGAAGAUGAGACAGUCUCAUGGAUCCAAUACUCACUGGAAGAUCCAUUGGAACAAGAAUUAUGUUCAGACUUUUUACCUGAACUUCCAUCCUGUGAGAUUGAACCUGGUAAGCCAAAUAAGCUGUUUGAAGAAGAGAAGUUUUCCAAAUUCACUACCGACAGCGCCUCCCAUCUGUCUGCAACUUCACAAUCACCUAAUAUGAAACUGUCCCCUGUUCAGAAAUUCUCGGGAAAUCCCAUCCUUUCUCCUAGAUUUUUUCCUGAUUCAUCUCAGAAAAACGUUGACUUUAAUGGGUCACCAAAAGUCCUUAAUUUCUCUCAGUUUUCAGCGGUUCCUAAGGUUGUUUCAACAUCUUCUAAUGCACAACAUGGAGAACAAGGUACAGGUAAGAUGUUGCAAAAUGAGACUGGAGAAGGCUCAGUGAUGACAGUUGGUUCAAGUCAUUGUGGUAGCAAUCAAAUUCCUCGAGACAGAGAUGUGAGCAGGAUUUCAAGCAGUGGUGUUUGGACUACUAGUUUGUCAGCAGAGCCUUUUUCCUUUAGGGAUAAUGUUCAGAGAACACUUCCAAUGGGUGAAAAAGGGAAAUCAGAAUCACAUGAACCAACUGUCACUUCAUCUUCUGGGGGCUCAGGCAGUAGUCUUGAAAAAACUUGUUCCCGCUCUACUAGUAUCUGUAGCCAGAAAAGAAAAGGGACAGAUUCAGAAGAGUUAGAGAAACAAAGUGAGACCACAGAACUCAAAUCAGUGGCUAGAAACAAGGAAGCUCAGCGGACAGGGUCUUCCCGAAGGAACCGUGCUGCUGAAGUGCAUAAUCUCUCAGAAAGGAGACGAAGAGACAGGAUCAAUGAGAAGAUGAGGGCAUUGCAACAACUCAUACCUCACAGUAACAAGACAGACAAAGCAUCUAUGCUAGAUGAGGCAAUAGAAUAUUUGAAAUCACUUCAGUUUCAGCUUCAGAUGAUGUUGAUGGGAGCUGGCAUGACACCAGUGAUGAUUCCAGGAAUUCAGCACUACAUGUCUCAAAUGGGUAUGGGAUUUGCAACACCUUCUGUGUCUAAUCAUAUGAAUAUACCAAGAGUCCCAUUCGAUCAAUCCAUAUCUAUGUCUCAAGCACCAAAUCAGACUGUACCAUUCCAAGCUCCUGUUCUGAGUCCCCUUAAUUACCAAAAUCAUAUGCAAAAUCCAGCUCUUUCUGAGGAAUAUGCACGCUGCAUGGGCUAUCAUCUUAUGCAAAGUGUCUCUCAGCCAAUGAAUGCAUUCAGUUAUGGUUCCCAGGCAGUACAACAUAGUCAAACCAUGAUUCCGCCUAGCAAUAGCAAUGGACCCCUGAGUGGGGCUGCUAAUACCAAUGAUGCUGUCGGUGGCAGGAUGGGAAUUCCAGUCACCAUGUGAACAGCCGACGAAAAAUCUCCUUCUAAAGCAGUCACGUCCUUGGACUUUGAAAAAUGGAACUUCUCUUCAGUGAUCCUUGAUAUUGAAUUCCUCCCAAUUCAUUAUGAUUGCUGGCAUUCUGAACUAGCAUACUACAGAAGAAAAUGCCAAGCAGAUAAUUUCAGCACCUAGGUUACCCUUAAUUGAAAUGGUCUCAAACAGUGGCUUGUAGCUGGCUGCAAGAACUGUCCUUAUCAUUUUCUAAAUACAUGACAUAGUUAUACGUCUCAUGAAACUGACUAUUAUUGAGUGUCUAAUGUGAAUGCUAGUUAUCCAGUAUCAAAAUUUUCAUGUCAUUCUUCAACCUUAAAGAUAACCUUAAGCGUUAUCUUUUAUUCAUUUCCCAUUUAUAUGGAAUUGUUCUUUGUUGGAUCCUC